GUGGACCUGGAGGGCCUUGGGGUCCUGGGGGACCCGGAGGACCAGAUGGACCAACAGGACCUACAGAUAAAACACCACUACCAGACGUUGGUGAACCAGGAGGCCCUGGUGGCCCUAAUGGUCCUGGUGGGCCAGGGGGACCUGGUGGACCUGGUGGACCAGGUGGACCUGGUGGGCCUGGUGGACCUGGUGGACCUGAUGGACCUGGAGGUCCUGGUGGACCUGGAGGACCAAAUGGGCCAGGAGGACCAAAUGGCCCUGGUGGACCAGGUGGACCAACACCAUCUUCUGCUGAGGAAGACAAUAUACCAAAUGAUGUAGGGAAACCAUUGGGACCAGGCGGUCCUGGAGGUCCAGGCGGUCCAGGAGGACCAGGUGGCCCAGGGGGACCAGGUGGACCAGGAGGACCAGAUGGUCCAGGGGGGCCGAAUGGUCCAUCUCUGGGCCCUGGUGUAACUCUUCCUGAAGAUAUUGGUAAUGCUGGAGGACCUGGUCAACCAUUAGGCCCUGGUGGACCACUUGGACCUGGUGGACCAGGUGGACCUGGUGGACCUGGUGGGCCAGGAGGACCAGGUGGACCCCCGUCAGUGACAGGUGUAAUACAACUAUCAACAAUACCAGAGUUUAUUGAUGAAAACAUCAUAGUAAUGGUCAAUUGUAACAACUGCACUUGUGAUGAAGGACACCUUGAUUGUUCUGACGAGGAAUGUUCUG